AUGUCGACUGUGCCUACACAAUCUCGACGCGUCUCACAACGCCAGCCUCUAGCAUGUCGAGAAUGUACCAAAAGCAAGCGAAAAUGCAGCAAGACCAUCCCCUGUACCCGAUGCAGUCGACUGAGGCUCAGCUGCUCUCGUGAGAUUGUGCAGUUGCAGCGAAGCGCAGCGCGACAUGGAGCUGAAGUAGACUUCCUCGACUCACUGGUCGGGGAUUUGAACUUGCUUCUUGAAUCUACAUCCGCUACAGCAAAGCUAGAGCUACCACAGAUCAUAUCAAACGUUCGGAAUAGAAUUUUUCAGCUUCAAACGGGACUGGAACCUUCACUUGACCCCCAGCCACCUGUGCCCGAACCUCCGCUACCACCCGGACCCAAUGAAGCACAGUACCAUGCUGAGCCGGUGGAGCCAGCUGGUUCAUCAUUAGUGACUGCCAUCGAGCAUUUGGCAUGGGGCAGAGACUCUGCCGGAUGCUUUCCACAUCUGAAAUGUGGAUGUCAGUAUAGCCGACCCGUAGUCCCCAGAGCAAUUCCGCGCUCUUCUCAACGUUCAUUCGACCUCGGUAUGGAUGCUUCCAGUGCAGAGAAGCUUAUCCGUUUCCACUUAUGCCAUAUGGCUUGGCACCAUGACUGCAUUCAUGCACCCACAUUUCUCGAACAGUGUGAGAAGUUUUGGCGUACUGGAGAAACGGAUCACGCAUUGUGGAUGGCUCUUUACCUUUCGGUUCUUGGAGCGACUGUGUUUGCUAUGCGCAUUAGCAGCCGAGCCAAGGCUGCUGUCGCUAUCGACUUAGACAUGAUGCCUCCAGCGGAUCAUUUUCUGACGGCUAUGCUAGAAGCUCUCUAUGCCGGUCACUUUCUCGAGGACAUGUCGAUAUAUGCGCUGCAGGCGAUUGUCAUCUCCACUGAAAUUGCCCAUAACCUGGGCCGGAGUCAGCUGAACGCCACCCUAUUCAAGGCAGCCGUACGUAUUGCAGAAUGCCUGGGAGUGCAUCGAAUACGAGAGGCGCGCGGAGCAUCUCUGGACACCGAGGAGGCGUGGCUCGAGACCGUACAGCGUGAAGUGGGAAAGCGCGUGUGGUGUCAGAUGCUGAUUCAAGAUCACUUCGCCAUCCCCUUCACCAAUACCUAUAGCAUCUCGCCCUCGCAAUACUCUACGGGAUCUCCGUUGAACGCGGACGACUACGACCUGACCGACAUGCCGCAAACAGUCCCAACGGUGAGUAGCUAUGUGCGGGCGCUACGGAAGAUUGCAGAUCUGAUGCCAUCACUGAUCGAUGGGCUGGGGUCGAUGGGCCAGCCAAAGCCUCUCCGAGAGCAGUAUGCUCAUGUCCUACUGCUGGACAAACGAAUGCGCUCCGUUGUCAAGGGCUUCCCCCACUUCCUGUUACAACCCGAUGCUGAGAAAGAACUCGAAAUCCCUUGGCUAGGGAUCGCACGACGCAGUCUCGCGAUCACGGCCGCGGAAAAGAUCAUCAUGAUCCACCGCCCAUUUUUGUUCCUGUCAUUCCACUCUUCUUCGUAUCAGCACACCCGACGAACAUGUGUUGCCGCUGCACUGACCAUUUUACGCGAGCAUGAGACCAUCAUCAACGAGGGCGACUUCUUCGUCUGGACGCACUCCGCUUUCUGCAUCACGGCCGCGAUCAUCCUCUGCUUCGAGGUCAGCGUCGCCUCAAAUGAUAGCACCGGAGGUCCUGAGACCGAUAAAUUCCGGCUGGCGAUUCUGGCCGCACGUAACCGCCUCGCAGACCAGAAGAGCGAUAUUCUCGCGCAGAGAGGCGUUGCCCUCAUCGAUGCAAUUUUUGCCUCGGAGGGGAACCUGGACUUGGAUUUCUAUCGCGCGGUGGCUGAUGUGCUCCGAUUUGGCCAGACCACACAAGGGAACUCCAGCAUUAGCAGCAGCACCACCGCCACCACUACAUUACCCAUGCCCCCCGACCUUUCCGAACCUUAUCGCAGUCCAAGUAACACGGCUACUCCCGACUCUCAGUCCACCUUUGAUCCGCACCCGGACAACAUGGAUUUCGAGACUUGGUUCAACCAUAUCUUCUACCAUCUCAACAGCUCGGCCACAUGA